AUGAUUUUUAAUAAUCGGUUUCUGAUCAUAUUUCUGUUGCCUUUAUAUUGGGCUACUGCAUUUGGAUUCACUGAAUACCUUUUAAAGACCUGCCAGCAAUCUGGAUUUUGUCAUAGGAAUAAAGUAUAUUCUCAAAAUAUUCUGAAGACUAAAAAUUCUUAUUAUUCAAUUGAUCUUUCAUCAAUCAAUUAUGAAGUUGAAAAAUCAAAAAGCGAACUAAAUUUAUUCACUGCUAAUAUUAUUAAAACAAUACCAAGACCAGACGUGGGUGACAUUAAAGUUGUUUUACCUAUAAGUAUAUCAUUUUUAAAGGAUACCAAUAGUGUAAGGUUAACCAUUGAUGAAGAUAGACACCCAGAGUUGGACAAUUCAAUUUCGGAAAUAUUAAACCCUUAUAGAUAUAAUGAGACUUGGAAAUGGGCUUUUGACAUAGAUAAUAAAGAUAUACUUCAAGGAGAUAAAUUGUCAUUCUAUGAAUUGAAAGGGAGCUCAAAUAAUGUAAUAUCUUUAUAUAAUAGAGACAAUUCAAUUAAAGUCGAGGUUUAUACGAAUUCAUUCAAAAUUAAAGUAUUUUAUAAUGAUACCCUAGUAUUUACUGUCAAUGAUCGUCUAUUUAUGAAUCUGGAACACAAGAGAUUAAAAGAACUGAAUUUCCAAAAUAUAAACCCUGAAGAAACUCCAUAUAAUAUGUUCGGUGAUGAUUUUGAAUACUCAAAAGAUGACACUUUAAAAUUUGGACCAGAAUCAGUUGCUUUAGAUUUUACCUUCAACAAUAUGGAAAAUGUAUAUGGUAUACCAGAGCACGCAGAUUCACUGAAAUUAAAGGACACAAGUAAUACAGAACCAUAUCGUUUGUUUAAUGUAGAUGUCUUUGAAUAUACGAUUGAUUCUCCAAUGCCAAUGUAUGGUGCAAUCCCUUUCAUGAUUGGUACCAACAAGGAUACUUCCGCUGGUAUAUUUUGGGUUAAUGCUGCAGAUACUUGGGUUGAUAUAGCUUACGAAGGUUCUGAUACAAAAACUCAUUGGAUUUCUGAAACUGGUAUUAUAGAUGUAGUAUUGUUCUUAGGAAAAUCUCCUUCGGAUUUAACAAAAAAUUACAUUAAAUUAACUGGUAAACCACAAUUGCCUUUAUUAUCUUCGAUUGGUUACCAUCAAUGUAGAUGGAAUUAUAACGAUGAGCCUGAUGUGUUAAAUGUGGACUCAGAAAUGGACAAAUACCAGUUUCCAUUUGAUUUUAUCUGGCUAGAUUUAGAAUAUACCGAUGAUAAAAAAUAUUUCACUUGGAAACCCAACUCAUUUCCAAAUCCAAAACGCCUAUUAAAUAAGUUAGCUAGAUUAGGAAGACAAUUGGUUGUUUUGAUUGAUCCACAUUUGAAAUUGAAUUAUUUUGUUUCUGAUAGUGUUGUUGAAGACCAAGGUUGUGUAUAUAAUAGUGAAGGAGAUCCAUUUAUCGGACAUUGUUGGCCAGGUAAUUCUAUUUGGAUUGACACCCUUAACCCAAUCGGUCAAAAACUUUGGGAUGGCUUUUUCAAGAAAUUUAUUGGCAGUAUUAAGAAUUUGCAUAUAUGGAAUGAUAUGAAUGAACCUUCUAUCUUUAGUGGUCCAGAAACAACUGCUCCAAAGGAUUUAAUACACUAUGCCGGUUUUGAAGAAAGAUCCAUCCAUAACAUUUAUGGUUUAAGUGUUCACGAAACUACGUAUGAUUCUUUAAAGGAAAUUAAAGAUGGAAGUGGAUUGAGACCUUUCGUACUAACUAGAGCGUUUUUUGCGGGCUCCCAGAGAACUGCUGCAACUUGGACAGGUGAUAAUGCUGCCAACUGGGAUUAUUUAAGAAUAUCAAUACCAAUGUGCCUGACAAACAAUAUUGUGGGUAUGCCAUUUAUAGGAGCCGACGUUGCUGGAUUCUCUGGUGACCCAGAGCCAGAAUUAUUAGUUCGUUGGUACCAAGCAGGUAUUUGGUAUCCGUUUUUUAGAGGACACGCACAUAUCGACACCAAAAGACGUGAACCGUAUUUGCUAGACGAACCUGAUAGAUCUAUUGUUCGUGAGGCAAUUCAAUUGAGAUAUGCAUUAUUACCGAUGUUGUAUACUAGCUUUUUUAACGCUCAUAGAACAGGUACUCCAAUUAUGAAACCAAUGUUUUACGACAAGACUAUGUAUCCCGAAUUAUAUGCUAUUGAUGAUCAAUUCUACGUAGGAGAUAGUGGCCUAUUGGUAAAGCCAAUUGUUGAUAAAGAGGCAACAUCAGUAGAAAUGAUGUUUGUACCUGGUAUUUAUUACGAAUAUACGAAUUUGAGCCCAUUAAUCAUUAAUGGUAUAGUCCCGCAAUCUAGAAAUAUAGAUGCCCCAUUAGACAUAAUUCCUAUGUUCAUUGAAGGUGGCCAUAUCCUAACAAGAAGAAAUAAAUAUAGAAGAUCAUCAAAAUUAAUGCGUCAUGACCCAUACACUUUGGUCAUUGCACCUGAUGUAUAUGGUAAUGCAUUUGGGGACUUGUAUAUAGACGAUGGUGAAACGUUUGAAUUUGAAAAGGGAGAAUAUUUGGAAACAAAUUUUUCGUUGAAUGAUGGAAAAGUUUUGAAAUCCACCGUCUUGAAUGAACCACAAUUUGAUAAUGUCUUAGGGAACACAGAUAUUUAUGAAAUUAAGAUUGCCACUGCAGCCAUCAAAAAAACGGUCAAGAAGACUGUAACCAUUAUCUCAGGCUCAAACAAGCACGAAGUUCCAUUACACCGCUCAGAAGAUGGAAAUUGGGUUUCUAUCAGAUAUCCAAAGAUUAAAGUGGAUGAAACCUGGGAAAUUACAUUUUAA